AAAAAAACAUAGUCAACAAAUGCAAGAUUAUUUGUAGGAAAAUUUAGUUUGUGAGGAUGGUCAAUGGCGCUGUGUCCCUUUGGGUUCUUCCUCUGAUCCUAUUGCUGGGGAAUGCACCUUUCUGUCGUUCCAGCCUCUUCUCUUCACUAGUUGACUUGCAGACAGACAGGACAGAUUACUAUGAAUACAGUGAUGAAUAUAUCCCGCCAGAAGAGAACACCGCCGCCACAGACAGAGAAUAUCUCACAUAUCCCGACUGGUUCUACGAAUACUUUGGCUACAACGAUCCAUGCUCGUCCAAGCCUUGCAAGAAUAAUGGGGAGUGCAAAAGAAACAGAAAUCGCUACAGCUGCCUCUGCCCUAUGCCGUAUGCGGGGACUAGGUGUGAGAAAGUGAAAAACAUGUGUGAAAGGAAUAGCUGUAGUAAAGGAGACUGCCUUAUAUUGCUGACGCCACCUUAUUCUCAGUGCACUUGUAGACAUCCAUACAAGCCACCAUACUGCAACAAAGUAUCUUCAGCUUGCAAACCAAACCCAUGUAAAAAUGGAGGCGUCUGUCUACAGCAGAGAAUCAGAUCAAAAUUCUCCUGCCAGUGUGCUGAACCCUUCAGAGGGAGGUUCUGUGAAAUAGGACCAGAGGACUGUUAUGAACAGGAUGGCCACGAAUACAGAGGGAAAGUGAGUCAAACAAGGGCUGGGGAGACAUGCCUUCAUUGGAAUUCUAACCUGCUCUUGGACGAGAGUUAUAAUGCAUUUAUGGAGGAUGCUGAGUAUUAUGGCAUCGGUGAACAUAACUUCUGCAGGAAUCCAGACGGUGAUGUAAAACCCUGGUGCUUCAUCAAAACAGAUAAGGUGAAAUGGGACUCCUGUGACGUUUCACCCUGCUCAGCAACAGAAAAUAUUCCAGCGACUACAGUCACCCCAGCUGUUCUUCCUGUAGUGGGUAAGACAUUCAAUACGUGUGGACAGCCAGAGGCUGAGAGAACGCUCAAAAGAAUUUAUGGUGGGGCCAAGACCAUGUCUGGCAAACAUCCCUGGAUGGCAUCUCUGCAGAGCAAGCGUCCAUUGAGGCCCCCUAUGCCAAAGGGACACUUCUGUGGAGGAGCGCUGAUUAAACCAUGCUGGGUUCUCACUGCUGGACACUGCAUUCAAUUUCAAGCAGACAACCUGCAAGUGUCCCUUGGAAAGCAAGACCUAGAGAGGACAGAGUACCAUGAACAAAAAUUUGAUGUGGAGAAGAUAAUUCGGCAUGGACAUUACAAAGAAAGGAACGAUAUUCCAUUCAAUGAUAUCGCUUUGCUUAAGCUGAAGCCAGUUGAUGGCCAUUGUGCUCUAGAAACGAAGUACGUAAAAACAGUGUGUUUGCCCAAUGCUCCAUUUCCUGAUGGGACUGAAUGCUACAUCUCAGGAUGGGGAGUUACUGAAACAGGUGAAGGAUCUCGUCAGCUGUUAGAUGCCAGAGUAAAGCUGAUCUCCAAGACGCGGUGCAAUGCACGGUGCGCAUAUGAUAACAGACUGGAUGAAAGCAUGCUUUGUGCAGGAAAUCUGCAGGCACCAGGAGUUGAUACUUGUCAGGGAGAUUCUGGAGGUCCUCUAACCUGUGCACAAAAUGGUUCCUAUUAUGUCUAUGGAAUUGUGAGCUGGGGCGAACAGUGUGGCUUAAAAGAUAAACCAGGAGUUUAUACCCAAGUGACAAGAUUCCUCAAUUGGAUUAAAUCAAAAAUUCAGCAGGAGUCCAGUUCACGCGAGUAAGCGACACUUUCUGGAAAGGCAAAUGCUGCAUUUUCCUCCGCUUGACUUGCAGAAUUUCUGAAGCAUCAGGGUUGACGCUGACCUGCUGGGAUCCUCCUGCCUCUACCCGCUCCUGCAAAACCAAACCAACUAAGUUGUGGGGAAGAGCCAACAUAAAAGGAGUGUUUUAUUAUCCUGUCACGGCUGAA